AUGGACCAUAAUCCGUGUUCUAAACAAUUUGAAACGGUGGCGCAGCUGCCUUUCUGUUUCAAGAAGAGAGGACAGCGGACAGACAACAGCUAUCAUAGGCAGGCAGAGGGUGAAGCCCAACUAGUGGUGGAAGUGCUCCAACCAGGGCCCUUUGGAAUUGUGACCAACACAUUUUCAGCCGCUGAAAGAGCUCAGGCCAAAGCAACCAUCAAGCGGGCACUUGCACAGUGGCAAGAAAGACAUUGCAGACGCUAGGCGUGUCUGCAUACCUGUAGCCCAAGGAUUCUCAGGACUGCACCUGUUCUGAAAGAGCUUGGACAACUCUUCUUAUCUGACAUCCAUGAAUUGCUACAUCCGCUCUCUUCACUCAAGAGUGGGGCGUAAACCAGCUUCUAAUCAAGGAGCUGUGGAUCUUGCUCCUACUUUUAGCACGUCGGUUUUCUUGACGAACUCUUUCAGAGAUAGAUGCGCUCGGCGGGGGCCACUCGGCAUCCAGCUUACAUUCCCACUUUGUUGAAAACGGCUCGCGGCUGAGGUCCAAGAAAUUGUGCAGCGGGAUUGAAGUUUGGAUUUGCCUCAUAAGUGCGCAUGUUGUAUGUGACUUUUACCCGUUUAGCUUGUGCCCAGCUGACAGCUAGGCACCUUAGAAUGAUG